AUGCAGAUGCUAAUUCUAUGGGCGGUGUUGUGCUUGUCCAUUUCUUUCGGGAAGAAGCCCCACAGGCGUAACCUUGCCCCGAUAUUGGCCCCGAUAUUGGCCCCGACCUGUGCAAAAGUGAGCCGAGGAGCCGUAAAGCGACGCAUCGAGGUGAGGCUAGAUGAGGAGACGUGCGGGCCCAUCUGCAUCAGUGCAGGCAUCUGGGUACAUGCGGGCAUCUGCAUCAGUGCAAGCGUCCGCGUCCGCGAAAGCGCGGGAAUCCACAUGAGCACAGCAGUGGUUCCUGGACCUCAAGGCAGAGCUGAAGCGCUGACCGCUGAUCAGUCUGAUCAACAAGAACUUAGCCGUCCUGCAGCCCAUCAUAUAUUCUCUUACGCUCAACACCCUGCAUUGGUUACACCGUUACAGCAAGCAGCCGCCUAUCGGAAGGUUCCGGCCGUGGUAUCUCACCUGGCAAAAUUCAAACUAAUUUCUCCCAAAUUAAUUGGCAACACGGCAGCAUUUUGCCAACAACUUCAAGUUGAACGCUUGCGACAUACGUCGUUGCACCAAUCCUUGAGGGCACUGGCAGUGGAUUAUCGCAUAGAUUGGUACAAAGUGUAUCGUAAAAAAAAAGUCAUGUUCUUCAUCGAGCUACGUCAAGUUCUCAUGUUCUCAUACGUCGCUGAAGCCUACCGCAGGCUCAUUUUUUUCACCCAUCCUGUGCAAAAUUGUGAUGGUUUUCCCAGCUCGGGAUGUUCUACCCGUAGACAGGACUUCUCCACUGUCUUCGAGUUCAUUUGCACAUUGCGUGUCAUGACAGAUACAAAACAUGCGACGAUAAUAGGGCUGACCUUGUCAGUUACGACUUCUUUUGUCUACUGUGGUCCAUGGUCGGUCGUCACCGUCAUCACUAUGACUGGUGAUCUCACUUCGUUCAUUCUCUGUUUGAAAGUCGGCGGCAGGGCUACUCGAGCGGGCGGACUAAUGUUUCUGGUUACUGAAGACCGCCCCACCGCAGUCAAAACGAAGUCGAGAGAGUCGGGAAGCGUAGUCGUGAGACUGGGCCUCUAG